AUGUCCCCAACGUACCGUAUCACACUAUACGAUGUCGAGACUAAUCUAGAAGGGAAGUCAUUAUCCCCAUAUUCCGUCACAAUUAGGCUGUUACUAAACUACAAAAAAAUCCCUUAUGAAAACGUCUGGUUGGGUUUCCGCGACAUCGAAGCGACCGCAAAAGCCGUCGGAGCAUCUCCUACGAAGGUUAAUGCCGAUGGCAAUCCUGGAUACACGAUCCCCUUCAUCACUGUCACGAAUAAUGACAAGCAGACCACCGCGAUUUCCGAUUCCAUUAAGAUCGCUCAGUAUAUCGAAGAAGCAUUUCCGGAUCCCGAACAUAAACUUUUCCCCGCAGAGACGCGUGUCUUCCAAUCCGUUUUUUCCACAUACUUGACCGAUAAAACUCGGGGCGCUUACAGUGUGGUCUUCCUACGUCUUGUAAACCUACUACUCGACAAUGAUCGCGAAUGGUUCAUUGAAUCUCGCCGUCGCAUUGGCGGCAGAAGUGUCGAGGAGAUGGUUCCACAGGACGAGGCAAGUAUGCAGAUCGCAUGGAAGAAUUUUGAUGCUGUGUUCGAUGAACUUGCCGCGCACCUCGACAAGGCCGGAGAAGGAAACUAUCGCAUUACUGGAGGCGUGAGCUACUCGGAAUUCGAGCUGGUAUCGUUCUUGAACCUUAUAUAUCGUCUUAGCUUCGACGAGGCAUGGAAGAGGCUUAAGGGUCGUAAUGGGGGGAGGUGGGAGAAGCUCCUUAAUCUUCCAGUAUAUAAGGAUAUCCUUCCCGUGAACCGUGUUGGUUCCAAGCAUUAACUGGACAUAGCCUGUAGUACGUCCAGGACUUGAAGUUUUAAUAGAAAUUGAUUUGGUAUUAUGUAUUUGCUGAGAUAUGACGAUUGUACAAUCGACGCGAAAAUUUC